UGAGACAUAAGGAGAGACACAGUGUGUGAGCGAAAGGGUGUGCCAUAACUCACAACAACAACAACUAAAUCGACCUCCGCUAGUGAUCGGCAAAAGAGAGCUGUUUUUCGGCAAAAAUCUGGACUCCGCUGAUAAGAAGCCGUUGACCACCGCUUCCGCCACCACUUCGUCGCCAGUCAUGUCAUCGAUGUCUUCGCGCAAACCCAAGGGUAGGGCCGCCACCAAAAAGCGGGCGCAAAGGGCCACCAGUAAUGUGUUCGCCAUGUUUGACCAGGCGCAAAUCCAAGAGUUCAAAGAGGCGUUUAAUAUGAUAGACCAGAAUCGGGACGGUUUCAUCGAUAAGGAGGAUCUGCACGACAUGUUGGCCUCGUUGGGCAAGAAUCCGGAGGACCAAUACCUCGAGGGUAUGAUGAAUGAGGCCCCGGGACCCAUCAACUUCACCAUGUUUUUGACACUCUUCGGCGAACGCCUUCAGGGCACAGACCCCGAAGAGGUGAUCAAAAACGCGUUCAACUGUUUCGAUGAGGACAACAGCGGUGUCAUCCACGAGGAGAGGCUCCGCGAACUUCUCACCACAAUUGGCGAACGAUUCUCCGACGAAGACGUGGACGACAUGUAUAGAGAGGCGCCGAUCGAUAAGAACGGAAUGUUUGAUUAUCUGGAGUUCACUCGUAUCCUAAAACACGGCGCCAAAGAUAAAGACGACCAGUGAUUGAUUGAAUGCCUUAACCGAUGGAUCCAUUAGUUAUCUCUUAUAGUGGUGUCCGAUAUUUGCCGCCAAACUAUUGGUGUUUUGUGUACUUCUUUCGCAAACACAUCACUUAUUUCUCGCACUUUAAUUGCUUUUAUGGUA